UUAUCUGCUUGUCGAAGCUCAAGGUUUGCUUCAAGCGUUCCCUCAUCCUUGUGUUUGGAAUCCCACAGGUGUGCUUCCAACCUACUCAUAUUGUGAUUUGAAAUGGGAAGUAAAGGUCGUGCUCCACCUCCUCAUCUGAGACGGCCCCUUCCAGGCCCUGGGAUAAUGCAUCCAGACCCAUUUGGUCCCGGUGUCCACCCUUCACUAGGUGCAUUUCCACCUUUUGAUAUGUUGCCUCCUCAAGAAAUCAUGGAACAGAAGCUCGCAGCACAACAUGUUGAGAUGCAAAGACUUGCAACGGAGAACCAAAGGCUUGCUGCUACCCAUACAGUUUUGAGGCAAGAGCUUGCUGGCACACAACAGGAAUUGCAGAGAUUGCAGGCUCACAUAGGUACUAUGAAGACAGAGAAAGAACAACAAAUGAGGGGCCUUAUGGAUAAGAUUGCUAAGAUGGAAGUCGACUUGCAAGCCACAGAACCUGUUAAAUUGGAACUGCAGCAGGCACGAUCUGAUGCCCAGAGUUUGAUUGCAUUUAGACAAGAGCAGAUUUCUAAAGUGCAACAACUGUCUCAGGAUCUCCAGAGGUCCCAUGCAGAUGGACAGCAGAUUCCUACUCUGAUGUCAGAACUUGAGGGUCUAAAGCAGGAAUAUCAGCAUUGCAGGGCUACAUAUGACUAUGAAAAGAAACUAUAUAAUGACCAUCUUGAGUCGCUUCAGGUGAUGGAGAAGAACUAUGUUUCUAUGGCAAAAGAGGUGGAAAAGCUUCGAGCUGAGUUGGCUAAUACCACCAACCUUGAGAGAAGUACCGGUGUGCCAUACAGUGGCACUACCGGGUACAAAGAGAAUGAAGCAGCUGUGCAUCAUCCUGUUGGACAUAAUGCUUAUGAGGAUGGUUAUGGUGCUCCUCAGGGACGUGCCCCUCCUGGUUCUGCUGCUGCUGCUGCUCCUCCCUAUGGAGGCCCACCUGGGCCUACUGCACAAGGUGGAUAUGAUGCUUGUAGAGGAGCUGGAUAUGAUGCUUCUAGAGGAGCUGGGUAUGAUGCACCGAGAGGACAUGGGUAUGAUGCACCCAGAGGACAUGGGUAUGAUGCACAAAGAUUUUCUGGUUAUGAUGCUCCCAGAGGUCCUGGGUAUGAUGCACAACCCAGAGGUGCUGGUGGUGGUGGUCCUCAAGGACAUGUUGCAUCAGGAAAUAGUGUACCUUAUGGAUCUGCAACACCUCCUGCACGUGCUGGUGGGGGGUAUGAGGCCCCUCAACGAGGUGGAAACCCCAUUCGGCGUUGAGCUUGAUAAUUUGAGAUUCAUUGUCUUCGAUUGCACCCGAUGAUGGGGAAAAACUUAUCAGCGUCCUUAUACAGGCUUCUGGAGACUUUCUGAUGACACAAUGCUUUUUUCCGUCAUUCUUAUUCCAUCUUUAUAGCCUGCAUGCUGAUUUUUCCAAGCUCUGAUAUUGACGGUUUAUUGCUGUUAAGAAUUCUACACAUUCAGAGCAAUUGUAAUCAGAUGAUAUUCAUCCAUAUUUUGAGGAUACCGAGGUGGAAAUGGCAGAGGGAGCUGCUUAUGAUAGCUUAGAAGGGUAGCUAUGAUAAUUGUUC